GCGCAGGAGGCGGGCCCCCGCUUGUCUUCGCUCCACGCUGGCUCGGUCUCGCCCAAGCGGCCCCAGAAAGCCACCUGAUGGCCCGGAGGCGGGAGGCGCGGAGCAGGCGCGCUGCGCUCCUUCGGCCGCUGCUGGUGGGGCUCCUCUUGGUCUGCCUGCCGCCGUGCGCCGCCGACGAGUGCAGCUGGAAGGGCAGUGGUUUGAGCUGGGAGCCCUCCUCCCGUGCAGUGGAGCAGGUCCACCUCCGUUGCACCGAGGGCUUCCUGGAGUGGAUGUAUCCAGCUCGAGCCCUCCGUGUCAUCUUGGAGCCUAAUCUUUCAAGUGCCCAACACACCACCAUCUGCAUCAAGCCAUCCAGUAACUUUCAGGGGGCCAACAUUUAUGUGGAGCGUGAUGGGCAGCUGCAUCUUUUGGUGAGUGAUGCUGAGGAACCCCGCUUGCACCAUGUGUCCUGUUUCAGCACCCACACACCUCAGCGGGUAGCCCUCUUCUUACAGGCCAGCCCCCAGCGGGACAUCAGCCGCAGGACGGCCAGUUUCCAGUAUGAGUUGCUUAGCAACCAGAGUGCCACAGGCCCAGACUUCCAGAAGAUGGCGCUUGUGGAAGCCAUGUGCCGCCCUUGUAAUAACAUGGAACUUCUCAUGGCCAUUUGUAGCAGCGAUUUUGUGGUGAGAGGAUCCAUCCGAAAUGUGACUCAUGAUUUGGAGAAUCACAUUUCCCUGGUUGACGUUGGCGUGCAACGAGUCUACUGGCAGAAAAACCAGAUCUUUCAGCAAGAAAAAACAUCUGGGGAGUGGCAAGGUCCCAUCAAAACCUUACUGCAGUGCAAAGUGAAGAAAGGAAUGGGGGACUUCCUCUUCACAGGCAGUGAGCACUUUGGAGAAGCUUGGUUGGGCUGUGCCCCAAGAUUUAAAGACUUCAGUGCUGUCUAUCAAGCAGCCAGAAAGAGGGGAGCAAACCCCUGUGAGUUUAACUUAUGAUCACAAAAUGUGGUGAGUUUAUUGUCUGUCAUGAUCAAGUAAACUGAAUUCAGGACAGUUGUUGGUAUAGAAUAACGGUGAUGAUUUUGAGAUUUGUCAGUGGAGGAACAGUGAAAGUAUCUGAACACAUUUAUCUAUUUGCUGAGGAAGAGAGCCAGUGUGCUCUAAUUAAUAGAAGCAGGAUGGCAUCAGGGAGACUUAGCUUUGAGCCUCACCUUUGUUGGGGACUCUGGUCUGGGCAGCGUUUAGUUCUUUUCAUCACAGAUCCCACUCUGUUGUUGAGUUGUUGUGGGGUAAACAAUAAAGAAUGUAAAGCACUUUGCAGAUUUUAGAAAAUGCUGGGAAAUGGCAACUGUUGCAUCUCCAACAGUCAAUUUAUAUGUCUCAAAUGUGUCAUGUUUUCAUAAGUUCUGACUCUAUACAAGAUGCACAGACAGGCAUGUUGAACUGGGAUGUGGGAGAGCCAGAUUCGUCUCUGAGCCUGCCAUAAAACUCAUCAAGUAAAUUAAGACCAGUUGCUUUUGCUCCAUCUAAUUUACUCCAUUAGGUAGCUAUGGCAAUAAAACAGAGAAAGGAGAGCCAGGUAUGCAUUGGAGGAAAAUCAAGAUAUACAUUUAAGUAAUAAAUGGAUUAAGUAAAAUAAUAACUACAGAACUCAAGGGACCUGGUUCAAAUUCUGACUCACUAAUGAAAUCCAGUUUGAUCUUGGGCUCGUCAGUGUCUCUCAGGUUGAUUUACCUCAUGAUUGCAGAUAUUCCUGUUCACAAGACUGGAAAGGGUGGAAAUGCAGGCUUGCUAAUUUUUUACACAGGUCACACAUGUUCUGCAGCCGCACAUUUCAACAUUACUUUCGAAGCAACAGUGCUCCAGGCAACAAAGACCCCAUCAUAAAGUUGUUCAAUAGAGAAAACAGCUUUAAGAAUCUUUAAUGAGCUUUUGAGUGAAUAGGGACAACCCUAUAAAAUUGCAGGCUUAUGAAUAGAAGACUCUGCUCUUGGGUUGCACUUUUCUCCUAUGAACGAGUUCUUCUCUCUGAAAAAAGAUCCUUCCAUUUAUAGCCGCUUACUUGGCGAUCAGGAUAUUACAUUACUAUUUCAAUGACAAUGUUGCAUUCUGAAGAACAAUCCACUCAUUUCUUAGUCAAUAUUCCCUCCCAGCUCAUUCCCCCACCCCUUAUUGCAAUAUAUAGUCAUGCUCCUGACCUCCAACCUAUUGUGAAGAAAUGUAUACAGGUUGAUUUAGGCAGCACUUGUGUAUAUGCAUUUCACUGGGAGUAAGGUAUAUUUGAUGCAGUAGAACUUAUUUCUUGGCGUCAGCAUUCAUAGAAUUGCAUUGGUAGUCUCUCCUUUAGGUUCUUGUGGGCAACAAUAAAUCUAUCCAGGAACACAAGCUGUGGGUUG